GUCACUAGUCUGGGGGGAGGCGUGGGAUUCUCUGAGAGGAUUACCCAGCAUGCCCCGCAGGCGGCGAAGAUGGCGACAGCUCAAGCUAACGGCUUGUCAACUUUUCCCGAGUGAUUUUCGUGGCUCACUCGAGCAGCUGCCGAGCGGCUCGCGGCCCUCCCGCCGACCUCAUUGGCGGUUGAGUAUUGUUGCUCGCUCCCGGGAUUCGGAUCGUUCCAGAGGACGCGGCUUCGGAUCAACUUUAGUGCAACCGGCGGGCCGACUGGCCUGGCGCCGAGAAAGAAAGGAAGGAAGGACGAAAGGAAGGAGAGAGGCCCAGAAUGACUAGCGAGGGACCGUCCAGAAAGCCGUACCGGAAAGCUCCGCCGCAGCAUCGCGAAGCGCGUCACGCCAUUCCCACCGCGCCGAAGCCGACAUUGGCUCUUCAACUGGAUGACAGUCAGGAGGUUUUGUCCGACUCAGACCGUAUCAGAAUCCUUCAGCAGCAGAAUGAGGAUCUGCGGCGACGCCUGUCCCUCUCCAGUCACAAAAUGGACGCCAUGGAGGUGGAGUUUGACGGUAGCCGCCAUUACAUGGAGGCGGAGCUAACCCGGACUAGGGAUGACCUUGACAAGAUGAGGGACAAGUUUCGUCGACUCCAGAAUAGUUACACAGCGUCUCAGAGAGCCAAUCAGGACUUGGAAGAGAAGCUUCAUGCUCUGCUGCGGACGGUGGAGCGAGACAAGAAGACGAUGGACCAGGAAAUGGUGGAGCUCACCAACAAGCUGCUGGAGGCCAAGAACACCAUCGAUCGCCUCGAGGAGCUUAACGAGCGUUACCGGCUGGAUUGCAACCUUGCUGUGCAGCUACUUAAAUGCAACAAGUCGCAUUUCAGGAACCACAAGUUUGCCGACCUGCCGUGCGAACUUCAAGAUAUGUUGAACAAACACAUGAAGAGCAGCAGCCUACCCGAGCGAAGCCCCGGCCCCCGCAGUCAGGAUCCAGACACGCUGAGUCUGACGCCUUCCGACGUGGUACCGACCUCCAUGAUCGCUCGUGUCCUGGAGAAACCCGAGCCGCUGCUCCUCAACUCGGCGCAAUCAAGCAGCCGCGGCUGGCCGGCCGCCGAGGACGUCUUUGUGCACGUGGACAUGACGGCGGAAGGGCAAGGUGCCGAGGACGCCGUGCCCCGCAACGGUUCGUGUCGGAGCCCCGACAGCCCGGAUGCCGUAGAGGAGGCGGGUGGCGCGCCGUCCUUCGAUAAGCUCAACCCGUACCCGCCGCCCCCGCCGCCCAACCCGCUCUACCCUGGCCGAAAGGUCAUUGAGUUUUCCUCGGACGACAAAGUGAAGAUACCCAAGAACAGUCCGCUUCCCAACUGCACGUACGCCACGCGCCAAGCAAUCUCGCUCAGCCUACACGGCGAGCAGGCGCCUCUGCCGCCCAGCCCCGCGCGCUCACAUACCCCAUUCCAACAUCACAGUGACGUGGCAGACACGACCUCCAGCCAGUCCAGCCCCUUCAGCAGCCCGCCACAGGCGCCCAGCAUGGGAGCCAGUUCUGCCAGUUCUUCAGAGGACCUCCUGGCCAAUUGGCAGCGGUUGUUUGUGGACAAGAUGGCGCCCUCGGUGGCGGGGGGUGGGGCCCCCUCAAGGGUGGCAUACUCGGACGGCGAAGAGGGCUCCACCCCCAGUCACGCCUCCAGCGUAGACACGGACACGGACGCCGAGGCCCGGCCCGACGCCAGGGGCGAGGGGCUCCUGAUGAACUCUGACCCGGACCGAGAUGGGGCGACGGUCGUCGUGGUGACGCCCCGCACCCAGGAGGGGGAGGAAGAGCCCGACGGCCUUGCCCGAGAUAUGCCUGUCAUCUCGCCACGCCUCUUGGAUUAUGAGCCCGCCUUCGCUGCAGCGGCCCUGCCACGACCUCACAGGAGCCCCAAGAGGAUGGGGGUGCACCACCUGCACAGACACCAGCAAUAAACCACACACACACACACACGCAACCAGGAUCCAGCCAUACUCGUCUGUCAUGCGUGAACUUCGGAGGUUUUCUUCUCAAGGGAAGGAUGUUUUCUCGGUGCCUCAGUAACACACGCGUGCGUGUCAACGCAGCGUCUCCUGUCGUGCGUUCACUUAGCGUUCAAAUCAAAGUACAUAUGAAUAUAAAAUAGUGGAUCCAAAUUGUGCAAGAAUAUUUUUCUAUUUUGAGCUAUGUGAAAAUUAAGGAGCACGUCGGGCCACUCGUUAGCAGGUUUUAUUCACGAUGUUUGUCUUUUUUUCCUUGUCAAGUUUUUUUGCGCAAUCGUCGUCGAUUCCGCUGAAUGUGACUCACCACUGGGCACAACUAUCGAUUGGGUCAAGAUGUCCGUCCGGUCGGCCCAGUAUUUAUCUCAUCUCAUUGAUGGAUAACAUGGCCACGAAUGUCAGUAUUUGAAAAUAAAGAGGUGCUUUGUUGUGUUCUGCCGUGUGGUUGACAGGAGGCCAACUUGUUUGUAUUCAUUUUUAAAAGGGCUGCCAAGCAUUUUGUUGUUAAUCACAGUGGCGAGCAGUCCGAGUCCCAAUAGAUUUGACGUGUCGCUGGAAUGGGUUGGUGGCAGUUGUCCUUUCUGCUUUUAUCUUUGCCCUCUCCUCCUUGGACCUCACCUUGCUUGGCUUUGUUGCUGCACGAACAAUAAGGCAGUUUGAGAAUUCAAUUCAACCUAGAAUUGAAGCAGAGGGAGCUAUUUUUGAAGAGGCCCAUAAUGCAUCAGGAAAGCUCCGCGAAAGUGGCAACCACCGCACAGCAUCAUCUUAUUUGUCACAUACUUUAGGCGGGAAAAUGAAAAGUUAGACAGCGCGAAUGAAUGCAAGACUAGCGGACUCCUCAGGAGUUUGCGUUUCUGUGAACAAGUAGCCAUGAGCUCAUUUGGCAACGACAUUCAGUUACACAUGUUCGCCGUUCACCAAAAUGUCAGACGCUCCGCGCCACUGCCGCCUCCUCGCCGACGGGCACUCGCAGUCUGUGACUUUUGAGGUUCGUUCCAUUAACUUUGGCUGAUGAUUAUGUAAACUGCUGUAUAUUUUCAAAUUAAUAAAAAAGACUGGAAAGAAA